AUGGCAAGGCGAAAAGUUCAUAAGAGUCGCCCCCUUAUAGAAGUACUUGAGGCUGAGCGAGAGCCACAUCUUAGUGUUGGAAAUGUUGUUCCACCUCGGGUUCAAGAAGAAGAAAUGGAACAUGAAUCGCAUAAUGAGCAAACUCAAGAGUCAAAUGCCAAGCCAGAAGUGGGGCUUUCAGAUGGAGUUGUGCCACCAAGGGCUAAUGCAGCUCCAACAUUUUUAGACCCUAGUGUGCAGCGCCUUUUAGAGUCUAUGGCUAGCCUAGCAGAAAGGAAAACUCGCAUCAUUGAACAACAUAAUGUAGCACAGGCCAAGCCAUUGGUGCAACCUAUAGAGAACCGUCUCACAACAAUUGAGAGGUUUAAGAAGUUAGGGGCUCUAUCAUUUUCUGGAUUGCCAAGUCCUAUGGAGGUAGAGGCUUUGUUACGGAGGGUAGAGAAGAUAUUUUUAGUGAUGGAAGUACCAGACGAGCAGCGAGUUACAUUUGUUAGUUUUAUACUGGUGGAGGAGGCCGAAUAUUGGUGGGAGGCAAUGCAACGCCUACUUACGGAAGGUGGCACCAGAGGAUUGACCUGGAACCAAUUCACAAAGGUUUUUAAUGACAAGUACUUUCCAGCUACCUAUCGGUAUGAAAAAGAUAGAGAGUUCCUUCCAGUAGAGCAAGAGGAUUUGAAUGUAGCCCAGUAUGAAGCUAAGUUCAUUUCUUUAUCUCAUUUUCCCCCUUCAUUUGAGGAUGAUGAGGAGGCCUUAACAGCUGAGAAAUAUGUCAUAGAAAUGAAGUUAGCAGAACAACAGAAGAAGUGCCACCUUAGUUCAUGCCAUCAUGAGAACACAUCUAAUAGACCUUCCAAGAGAGGUGGUCAUGGUUAUGGUUUAGUCAAGAGCUCAAAUGCAUGCCAAAAAAAUAGAGAGUAUCCCACCCUAACCCAAAGCAUUUCUAAUCAGCGUCAUGGAAAGUCUACUGGGGCAUCAUCUCAAUUUACUCGAAGUGUUUGCCGGCAGUGUAGGCGAGCAAAUACAAGCGUAUGUCAUGCUGGUACCGAAUUAUGUUUUCAUUGUGGCCAGAAGGGUCAUUUGGUGAAAGACUGCACAGUUUCUAAGAUGACUAAUUUGGGAGAUACACGAGCUUGCUUCAAUUGUGGGCAACCCGGACAUUUGGCUAGAGAUUGCACUCGAAAUGCUUCAUCUACUAGUACUGUAGUUGGUAGUAAUAGAGUUUUAGGUGGAGGCUGA